CGGGACGCUUUUGGCCCUCGGGCCGUAAGUUUGACAGCUGUGGCCUUCAACCUACAGCCUCCAGCCUCCAGUGUUGUGUUUCGGGACAGCCUACAUGUCCCUCCCGGCCACCCUAUUUUGUUUUCACUGCCAUGUGACCGACCCUGGCCAAUCACAGAUGACUUCGCGAAGCGACCACAACAAAAACCAAAUCCAUGAAACCGAAGCGGAUGGUUUGUAUUGCCGUGUAACUGCGUCCACUUGGUGCUGCUUUCGUGUCCUGUACAAUAAGCCUGAAGUCUGAUAUUCUGUUGUGACCUACAUUUUAUUCAGCGUCUCGUUCGGUCACGCGACACUAACAGCUGAACGCCGCAGGCUCGCGCGGUCGGCCGCAGUAAUAUAACCGUUAAUUCUCUGACGACAUCGCCGUUAGUUCGUUCGUUCGGUCACAGCUAGCGAGUGGCUAGCUCAUCUCGGACCGUCUUGGCUCUCAGUCCCGUGAGCCUCCGCGUCCUGGUCCAUCCGCACAUUGCGAUGGAUGCUCUAGUAUGCUAGGACCAUGUUCAAAAAUGUUUUUGGCUCCGGCUUCCUGGUGAGGACAGCUCAUGUCAUUUUGACUUGGGUCAUAACGCUAAUACUCUUCCUUCAUGAUACAGAGCUGAGAAAGCAGGAGGAGACGGGCCAGCUGGUCCAGCCUGUGCUCUUCGUCCUGCUGGUUCUGGUGUCGGUGCUGCUCUAUUUCGCAGUUUCUCUGAUGGACCCGGGAUUCAUCUUGUCCGAUGACACAGACUUGCAGUUCUCACUUGGAGUGACUGAGGAGCAACAGGACAUAAUCCCACCCAGCACCAAAUCCUUGCGACUGCGUCGCUGUGGUCACUGUCUACUGCAGCAGCAGCCGAUGAGAUCAAAGCACUGCCAAACAUGUCAGCACUGUGUCCGGCGUUAUGACCAUCACUGCCCCUGGAUUGAGAACUGUGUUGGUGAGAGGAACCACCGCUGGUUUGUGCUUUACCUGGCUGUCCAGCUGCUGGUGCUGCUUUGGGGGCUGCACAUUGCCUGGACGGGUUUCAGCUAUGCGCCCAUCUGGCAGCUGUGGCUGCGUACUAACGGCAUGCUGCUGGCAGUGGCUGUGUUGGUAGCACUUCUGUCGCUCAUUGUGCUGCUCCUGCUUGGCUCCCACCUCUACCUGGUUUCUCUUAACACUACCACAUGGGAGUUCAUGUCACGCCACCGCAUCUCCUACCUCAAACACUGCGGCGCCGAUGAAAACCCCUUCGACCGCGGAACAUUCCACAACCUGUGGGGCUUCUUUUGCGUGUGGGGCACAGUGGUGUGGGAACAGGUGUACUUCAGAGAGGGCAGCGACCAGGUUUAGAACACAUGGAUUUCUCUCAUGAACAAGCUUUCUAUAUCGUGGAUCACGUACACCGAUCAGCCACAACAUUAAAACCACUGACAGGAGAAGUGAUUAACAUUGACCAUCUUGUUACUUAGACAUGUACCACCCACCUAGACCAGACCAGGUACCCCCACCCCAUAACAAUGACACUCCUUGA